ACAGUGGAAGUGACAUAUUAUGUAUCUGUGUGCUGGAUCAAUCAUGUGACAGUGGAAGACUGUUGGGGAAAGUUGGAAAAUCACAUUUGUAAAACUUAUGUCUUUGAGAAAGUACCAGUUUUUAUACCAUGGUCUGGGAUAACUCCUAAAAUUUUUCUUUUUUUUUCUUAAUUUUUUUUCAUGUUUGUAUGUAUGUUGGUAAACAACUUUCUCUCUCUUCCGGUUCUUCCCUAAAAUUUAUUUGCUCAACUCUUCUCCAGAUUAUGUGAGUGUGCAUAUACUUAUACAGGUGUAUUUGAGCACACACUGACACUCCUCUCUUUUGUAACUAAAUACACAUAUGAACAGUGGCGUGUCAUCUUUCAACCACUUCAUUCAUGAGCUGUCUGUGGAUUCUGAUACGUCCUCAAGCAUAGAUUACUCUUCUGGAGAUGAAGACACUGAUGACAUGUGUCCUGCAUCCCCCUUGUCGCAAAGUUCCCGAGUCUCUAGGGCACGAAGUUUUAGAAAGCAUAAUGGGCUAUUGGCACAUUGGAUCAGAUGCAUUUUUGCAUGGCUUCUGUUUCCUGCAAAGUCUCUGCUGAGGUUACCAUUUUAUCUCUAUCAUGCAUUUUGUUAUAGGGGCUCAAGAACACUUAAUACCACAGGAAGCCCUCAACCUUUGUAUUUACAUUCUACCAAGAGAGCACACACCCUCAAGGACCAUGUCGUUCAAUGUGCGACUGACAGGAGACGUGGAGUCAUUGAGGACCUACAUCUAGCAAUUGAGAUCUUUAUAGAAGCUGUAUUUGAUGUUGUUCAUAAGGCAGCACAUUGUCUUCUUUCACCAUCAGACACUCUCAGAAAACUAUCGAGAUGGCUUGUUUGUCCUCGCAGUAAUGUCAACGAUAUUCCUGCUUGUGGUUCAGAUGCAUCUGUCUCCACUGCUACUCUUGCAGAGAAUGAUCCAAUUCCUAGAGAACGGAAAACCACUUUUCAUCAUUCUCUGAACACAGAUGCCCGGACCUGUAGAGAUGUCAUAACAGAGCUUGGGUACCCAUAUGAAGCGAUUCACGUGACUACUGCUGAUGGAUAUGUUCUCCUUGUAGAAAGAAUUCCAAGACGUGACUCACGGAAGGUAGUUUAUCUACAACAUGGGAUAUUGGAUUCGUCUAUGGGAUGUAGAAGGAUCGGAAAUGUUGGAAAAAAAGAUCAUGGAAACGUUUUAGGAGAUGAUGUGAAGGAUUUGAGGAUAGGAGUAUUAAUUAGUUAUGUUGAGAUGUCUAAGGACAUUUGUGAUGUAAUGGGAGCCAUAUUUAGUACAUUGGGAGAAGACAAAUGCCAAUUUUAG